AUGAUUAGCAAUCGAAAGAGACCAAGAGUUUUAAGUACUGAAGGACCUUCAAAUGUUUUAAAUUGUGAUGCAACAGUUGCUACUGGAGCAAACCGCGGCAACGGAGCAAAUAUUUCUACAUCUACCACCACAACAAAUACAACCAGCACUAAUAUUUCAGAAACUCCACCUUCUUUGUAUCAACUGCAACAACAGCAACAACAGCACCAUCUGUUAUUGCUCAAUAAUCACAAUGGAAAUAUUUCUUCUGAUACUUCAACUGAUUCCACAAAUUCUUUCCCAUUUUAUAAACCAUUGUUGGCUGCAAAGGCAAAAAUUGAUUCAACAACUUUUACCAACCCAUUUUUGUCUGUCCAUGAUAAUCACCACGACCAUGGAUCCUCCUCAUAUGCAUUAGAAGAUGACGAUGAUGAUGAUGAUUUAGAAGAUGAUGACGAUGAUGGUAUUGAGGAGAUUGACGCGUUUGAUGAGGAUGAUGAUAUUAUUUUUCUUGAACAACGUGAGAUUGUUAAACGAAACAGCGAUACUUUAUUGUAUGACAGUGAUGCAUUGGCUGCCUAUAACAUGUUUAAUGUUAAUAAUGUUGCCAUUAAUCCUGAUUAUAAUCGGACAAAGAAACAAAGAACAAACUCGUUACCUCAAUUGCCUCAAGUUAAAUGUUUUUACAACAAGUUGCCUAACAAUUAUGUGUUGCAAACACCAAAAUUAGGCAACAUCAAAACAAAUGUUAUACCCCAUCAUUUGAAUUUACCGCCGUGUGAUGACGAAAAUGGCCAUUAUAUAAUCAAACCAAAUGAUUUGUUUGCCAAUCGGUUUGUCAUUAUCAAGUUGUUGGGUCAAGGUACGUUUGGUAAAGUUGUUCAAUGUUUUGAUAAGGUGAAGAAUGAACAUGUCGCUAUUAAGAUUAUCAGAAAUAUUCAAAAGUAUCGUGAUGCUGCCAAGAUUGAAUUGCGUAUCUUGUCCACACUCAAGAAAUUUGAUCACAAGAAUGAUAAUCAUUGUAUACAUUUGCGUGAAUGUUUUGAUUAUCGAGGUCAUAUUUGUAUUGUUACUGAUUUGUUGAAGAUAUCUUUGUAUGAUUUCUUGGAAAACAACAAGUAUAUUGCUUUUCCAGGAUCACAAAUUCAAGCUAUUGCUAAACAAUUGAUAAGGAGUGUUGCAUAUCUUCAUGAUAUCAGUCUAAUUCACACUGACAUGAAACCUGAGAAUAUAUUGUUGGUGAAUGAUAGUUUCCAAAGAAAACCAUUAAAGAGCAGAACUAUCACUUCUUCAUACCUAAGUCUAGGGACAGGUAGUUCCAAGAAAGUACCCAAGCAAACAAAGAUUUUAAAUAAUGUUGAAAUUCAGGUGAUUGAUUUUGGAAGUGCGAUAUUUGCUGAUGAGUAUCACAGUAGUAUUGUUAGUACUCGACAUUAUCGUGCCAUUGAAAUUGUCUUAGGAAUUGGUUGGUCUUUCCCUAUAGAUAUGUGGUCAUUGGGUUGUAUUUUAGUGGAAUUAUUAACAGCCGAUGUCCUUUUCAAGACCCAUGCAAAUUUAGAACACUUGGCUAUGAUUGAGAAAGUAUGUGGUGAAAGAAUUCCUCCAUAUAUGAUUCAAAGAGCUAAAGAAAGAAACACUGAAGUUGCCGAUAUGUUUGAUGAUCAUACUUUGAGAUUGAAAUUUCCAACCCUGUCGACUCCUCCUAAAUUUAUCACAUCAGUUGAAGAAAUGGAUAGAAUUGAUUUAUAUUUGAGUAAGAAGAUUGGAUUAGAUAUUAAUCUUGAUUUUAAUAUCCUGGUUAAUUUUAAGAAGAAUGAAGAUAAAAUAAGUUUAGGGGAUUUUACAUUUUAUUACUUUUUGUUUGAUUUGAUCAAGAAGUUGUUAGUCAUUGAUCCAGACGAUCGAAUAACGGCUGAUGAUGCUUUGAAUCAUCCAUGGUUUAAUUUAGGUACUGUAGAUGAAGGUACCAUAUAA